AUGGCUUACACAGGAGCCAACGUUUGCGUUGACGCGAGUCGCACGUAUGAGCACACUCUCGGAGAUACUAGUGGAUGUGGUAGAGGUAAGAGCCUGCGCUCCUCCUCAGUGGAGGUAGCGAGGCCAGCGCUCAACCUCGUGCACGACCCGCGCUGCGGUGUCUGUUUGGUGUGGCGACCAGUGGAGGGGCCACCGCUGCCGCGAUGCAUCCACAGAGAGAACGAGGCUGGUGAAGUAGAUGCUGAAGCAGUGCGCUACAGAGAUGCUCCCUUUGCAUGUGCAGUAGGGCGCACUGACGCCAGCACGGGCAGCGCAGUGACUGCUUUGCGGAUGAGCAGCUCAUCUAUAGAGGCGCACCCGCCACGCAAGAUGAUCCCACGUCGAGGAUCACCGCCGCGCGGUCAACUGCUCCACCGUGGCAAAGGUGGAAUUGAUGACGUGCUGAGGAGCGCCCGUGAGGCGCAGAGCCUCUUCUACAGUCUGCAAGAGCAGCGACUCCAGGCGGAGUAUCGCCUUGCGCAGGCCAGUCUCCGACAAGAGCUAGACCAGCAGCGGGAGUACAAGCGCAUGCUUCAGUUGGCGGAGUAUCAGGCAGACCUUGUGAACAUGUUUGGUCACACCAUGCGAGAUGCCGUCCUCGAUGCCUUCUUCGACGACGGAAGUGACCCCGUCCUUUCAGCCUUGCAUAGAAAGAGGCAUGAGGGCCCGACCUCACGUAGCGCUCCCUAUACGUCGGUACACGGGGGCCACUCGUCAGGAGCUGCACCGCCUGGCGUUUGGAGACACCAAGGCAGCGCGGAGGAAGGAUUAGUGCCGCCUGCCUCCACUGACGAGAGUCGUCUUGCACGAGAACGGCGCGUGUUUAAGCGAGCACUCGAGGAAUUGCGAGGCGGCCGAUUGUGUGGCUACUAA